UUAUGAUUUUUUGACAGGAAGAAGCAUUUGUGACGUGAAGAAUAUUGACAGAACCAAAUUGUGUGAUUGAAUAACUGUUCAAUUUUUCGAGGAAAUAUUUCAAAAGAAAAAAAUGUGGAAAAGUCCACAAGAAACUGGAUUUUUCGACAUGUAAGCAAGAUCAGGAAUACAUACUUGGCACAUUCGGUCCCUUUCCCAUUUGGUCAGCAUAACAUCUCCAUUAUGGUUGCCACGAAUAAGAUAGAAUUCGAAGACCUACUAGAAGAAAUUGGGGACUAUGGCUGGUUUCAGAAAAAAAUGAUGGCGACUUUUUUGUGUCCAGUGUCCAUGGCACUUCCAGUUUUAGCUAUGAACAUUCUAUUUUUGGUGAAUACUCCUGACCAUUGGUGUCAUGUUCCAGAAGUAGCGCGAAGUAAUUUAACAGCCGAGGUCCAGAAACACUUAUUCAAACACAAUCAGUCUUCUUGCUUUAUGUAUGAUUUAAAUUACACUGAAUGGAUACAGUCGAAUUAUUCCUACGUGCCGGAUAAUACUCCUGUGAUUCCAUGUAAUAAUGGAUGGGAAUACAGCAAAGCCUAUUUCGAUGAAACAGCUGCCAGCAAGUGGAACAUGGUAUGCGGCGACAGUCAUUAUUCCAAUUUAGCCCUCACAUUAUCGAAUUCUGGGGGAGCAAUCGGAACUUUCAUUUACGGAGCUUUGGGUGACAGAAUCGGCAGAAGACCUGUGUUUUUCAUCAUAGUCUCGGUCACAGUAGUCACCGCUGCAGCAUCUCUUCUGGUGUCGAAUUUCAUGGCAUUCUUAGUGUUGCGCACAAUAAACGGCGGUCUCAUGUCUUCUUUGUUCCAGUUACCUUAUGUCAUAGUGCUUGAACUAGUCGGUCCUAGCAAGCGAGGCUUGUCAAAUGCUAUUCCUAACAUAUCGUGGGCAGUAGGGCUGUGUACUUUGCCACUGAUCGCAUACCUCAGCAAGCACUGGGUGACUUUAGGUUUCGUCUGCACUUCUCUUGCUGUACUAAUGUUUGGAUACUGGAAGUUCUUACCUGAAUCCCCGAGAUGGUAUUUGGCGCAUGAGAAGUAUGAAGAAGCCGCCGAUGUUCUAAUGAUGAUUGCAAAGACGAACGGUAAAAAGGUGGAACGGCAAGAUAUUUUGAUGAAAGCAAAAAUUCUUGGUGAGAGGGUACAGAAAGAGAAAAGUAAUGAGAACAAGGAGAGCAGUGCCCUAGAUCUUCUGAGAUACCCUAAUUUAAGAAAAAAAUUCUUGAUUGUGACAUUCUGCUGGGCAGCCAACGAUUUGGCCUACUACGGUCUUCAAUACAAUCUACCAAACCUGGAGGGUAAUCCCUUUCUAACAUUUUUCGCACUGACAAUAGUCGAGUUUCCCGGACUGCUGUCCAUCUGGUACUUGAUGGAGAAAUUUGGGAGACGGUGGUCAUCGGCUUCAUUCUUGGGACUGGCCGGAUUCGCUUGCCUGGUAGUGGCUGUGGUGCCUGAAGAUGUUCCCCAUGUGGCAGUUAUCUGUUCUGUCAUCGGAAAGUUUGGUUCAACUUCAUCGUUCAUGGCUAUCUACUUACAGAGUUCUGAACUGUAUCCCACACCAGUGAGAUCUGUUGCCAUGGGGAUAACCGGUGCGGUCGGAUGCGCUGCGAUUGUCGUAGCACCUUAUAUUGUUUACCUAGCUGUCUUCGGCAAGUACAUUCCUUUUCUGGUAAUAGGACUUACUGCUGUACUUGCAAGUUUCAGCGGGACUUUCCUUCCUGAAACACUGGACGAAAUUCUGCCUCAAACCAUUCAAGAUGGCGAGACUUUCGGAAAGAAUCAAAAAUACUUUUCAUGCACGAGGAAAAGAAGAAGAUCUUCUCCAACUGAAGAACAAACUGUGAAAGCGUGAAAUAACUUGGCUCUUUAUGCAGUUUUAAAAAUAGGAUUGAGUUAAAUAAAAUUUCAUAUAAAUAUCAGUUUACCCAUUUUAAAUAGUUAAACACCUUUGUCGUUUUUCAACUUACUGUAUUUUUGUGAUUCAUAUAUACAUAUAUGUAUAACUCUGCCUUCUGAUUGGAACACAAGCGUUGUAUUCCCAUUAUAUAAAAA